AGGCUUCUUGCCUGGACCAGAGGCUGGGCGGCGGGCGAAGGGAGCGAUGGCUUGGCCGAGCCUGGCAUCCUUGCUCCCCUGGAUUGGAACUCAAGCCUUGGGCGGAGAGCGCGGAUAGCGGGGCCUGGACCUGGGAGCCUGGAGCCGGUAAGGGGCGAGAAGGGGAGAGAAGAAGGCAAGAGGAGCCCCAGCCUCUCCAAAGGCAACUACUCACCUGCUGCCAUGAGUCUCCUUGCAAACUCAGCAGAAGGAAGGAAACAAUAAUAAUAAUAAUAAUUUGCCAUUUUGAAUAUAUUUUAUUUAUUUUUAAAUCAAGGAAAGAAAGGGAAAGAGAGCUGGUUUGGCACAGAAUUGGACUCAAAACAUAAUAAUAAUAAUAAUAAUAAUAAUAAUAAUAAUAAUAACAAUAAUAAUAAUAAUAAUUUGCCAUUAUAUUUAAGAGUAAUAUUUUUAAAUCAAGCAAAGCAAGGGAAAGAGAACUGGUUUGGCACAGAAUUGGACCCAAAACAUAAUAAUAAUAAUAAUAAUUUGCCAUUAUAUUUAAGAGUAAUAUUUUUAAAUCAAGCAAAGCAAGGGAAAGAGAACUGGUUUGGCACAGAAUUGGACCCAAAACAUAAUAAUAAUAAUAAUAAUUUGCCAUUAUAUUUAAGAGUAAUAUUUUUAAAUCAAGCAAAGCAAGGGAAAGAGAGCUGCUUUGGCACAGAAUUGGACUCAAAACAUAAUAAUAAUACUAAUAAUAAUAAUAAUAAUAAUAAUAAUAAUAAUUUUCCAUUUAUAAGGGUAAUAUUUUUAAAUCAAGGAAAGCAAGGGAAAGAGAGCUGGUUUGGCACAGAAUUGGACCCAAAACAUAAUAAUAACAAUUUGCCAUUAUAAAUAUUUAAAAAUAUUUCUCUCUCUCUCUCUCUCUCUCUCUCUCUAUAUAUAUAUAUAUAUAAAGAGUAAUAUUUUUAAAUCAAGGAAAGCAAGGGAAAGAGAGCUGGUUUGGCACAGAAUUGGACCCAAAACAUCAUAAUAACAAUUUGCCAUUAUAUUUAAGAGUAAUAUUUUUAAAUCAAGGAAAGCAAGGGAAAGAGAGUUGGUUUUGCACAGAAUUGGACCCCAAACCAUCCAAGAUUGGAGACUCCUUGGGAAUCCCUUUCAGGUGGGAUCCCUUCCAGCCCCCACUGCUUGCUUUUCCAAGCCAGGAAGGUCCAGGUCCGGUUUCCCGGGGAGAGGCUCAAAUAUCCCGAGCGAGCGAGCGAGCCCUUGAACUCUCUUCUAAGGGCAGGGCUUUGCAAGAAGGGAGCGGAGGAGGGCAGUGCCAGGCAGGCCAAAGCUGGCCAGAGGAGCAGGAAGGACAACACAGGCCCAGCCAAGCCCAGAGGGAGCCCGAGAGCUGACUCUAUCAAAGGGCAGAUUUUUAUCUCAACGGGAAAUAAGACUUUUGAGAACUGAAGAAAGGAAUUUGGAAAAACUUCGCCAAGAAGUAGCUGGAGGAGGAAAAGGAAUCACUUCUUUGAGUAGUUCCAAAUAAGUCGGACAUUGCUGGUCUCAGAGGGCAUCAAGGUGUCGAAAGAUGCAUUUGGAUUAACUAAGGCUCUGCUGCAGAUUGGCUCCAGCACCAAACAAACAAUCACUUCUCAGAGUAGUUCCAAAAAAGUCUAACAUUGCUGGGCUUGAAGGACAUCAAGGUGUCAAAGGCUGCGUUUGGAGAAACUGAGGCACCGCUGCAGAUUGGUUCCAGCACCAAGCAAACAAGGAAUCGCUUCUCAGAGUAGUUCCAAAUAAGUCUUAAAUUGCUGGUCUUGAAGGACAUCAGGUUGUUGAAGGCUGCAUUUGGAGAAACUACGGCAACGCUGCAAAUUGGUUCCAGCUCCAAACAAACAAGGAAUCGCUUCUCAGAGUAGUUCCAAAAAUGUCUAACAUUGCUGGGCUUGAAGGACAUCAAGGUGUCGAAGGCUGCAUUUGGAGAAAUUAAGGCACUGCUGCAAAUUGGUUCCAGUGCCAAACAAACAAGGAAUCACUUCCCAGAGUAGUUCCAGAUAAGUUGUACAUUGCUGGUCUUGGAGAACAUCAAGGUGUCAAAGGCUGCAUUUGGAUGCACAUAAAGCACGGUUGCAGAGUGGCUCCAGCGCCAAACAAGCAAGGAAUCGCUUCUCCAAGUAGUUCCAAAUAAGUCGUACAUUGCUAGUCUUGAAGGACAUCAAGGUGUUGAAGGCUGCAUUUGGAGAAACUGAGGCACCACUGCAGAUUGGCUCCAGCACCAAACAAACCGGAAUCGCUUCUCAGAGUAGUUCCAAAAAAGUCUAACAUUGCUGGGCUUGAAGGACAUCAAGGUGUCGAAGGCUGCAUUUGGAGAAACAGGCACCGCUGCAGCUUGGCUCCAGCACCAAACAAACAAGGAAUCACUUCUCAGACUAGUUCCAGAUAAGUUUUACAUUGCCGGUCUUGAAGGCCAUCAAGGUGUCAAAGGCUGCAUUCAGAUGAACUAAGGCUCUGCAGUGCCAAACAAACAAGGAAUCCCUUCUCGAACUAGUUCCAAAUAAGUCUAACAUUGCUGAUUUUGGAAAGCAUCAAGGUGUCAAAGGCUUGGGAGACCUAAAGCACUGCUGCAGAUUGGCUCCAGCAUCAAACAAACAAGGAACCAUUUCUUAGACUAGUUCUAAAUAAGUUUUACAUUGCUGGUCUUGAAGGGCAUCAAGGUGUUGAAGGCUGCAUUUGGAUGCACAUAAGGCACCUCUGCAGAUUGGCUCCAGCGCCAAACAAACAAGGAAUCCUUUCUCAGAGUAGUUCCAAAUAAGUCCAACAUUGCUGGCCUUGAAGGACAUCAAGGUGUCGAAGGCUGCAUUCGGAUGAACUAAGGCUCUGCUGCAGAUUCGCUCCAGCAUCAAACAACUAGGACUUUGCAAACAAGUCAUCCUUGGCCGUGUCGUAAGAUGGGCAAAGAUUUGGCAAGGCUAACGCAGACCCCUCCGUGAGAUCAUUGCAAAAUGAUCGGGUCAUGAGACUCGGGGUCUUGCUUUGGUUUUGGUUUCUACUAGAGCCUGCAAUUUGCACCGAACUUAACAGAAAUUGAGUUCUUCUACAUUAGAAAGCAUCAUGGUCUUUUCCCGUGAGCAUGCCAUCUCAAGAAAAGUCCAAAGUCCAGUGUAUUGAUUUUGGUUUCAAAGGUAAAUUCAUGCUUAAUUUGCUCUGAGAUCCUAUUAUUAUUAUUAUUAUUAUUAUUGUUGUUGUUAUUAUUACCGUCUGGCCUGCCUUUGAUGACUUCUCCUUUGUCGACGGAGCGGGCCUCCUUUUUCCAAUAAGGAGUCUCGCGGGUUCUGCGUGAACCUAUGCAGGCCAGGAAAAAAUACCUCUUGAUGACUUUCUUUGCCACGUGGCUCCUGCUCUCGCUGUUCGGAGGAGACCAGAUCCGGCGCUUGGCCUUCCUGCCCGGCAAGAGAUCCGGGGCGCUGCAGAGCUGGCCUCGCUGGGCCGACGGGUUCCUCCUGGAGAGCUUUGCCGACCCCGAGCACCUCGACGGCCAUGAGGGAGACCCCGAGGAGCCCUCGCCCAAAGCCCGGCGCGAGUUGAGGAGGAGCAUCUACAGGAACAGCCGGUGCCGCAUGGAGACCUGCUUCGACGCCUCCAAGUGCCGGGAGCACGGCUUCAAGGUCUUCGUCUACCCCUUGGAAAGAGGGGACCCCGUGUCCGAAAGUUACCUCAAAAUCAUCGCGUCCCUGGAAGAGUCGCGGUAUUUCACGUCCAACCCGGAGGAGGCCUGUCUCUUCGUCCUUAACAUCGACACGCUGGACCGGGACCACCUCUCCCUGCGUUUCGUCCGCAACAUCGACGAGAAAAUCCAAGGCUUCCCUCUCUGGAACGACGGGCGCAACCACCUCAUCUUCAACCUCUACUCAGGCACGUGGCCCAACUACACGGAAGACUUGGGCUUCGACAUCGGCCAGGCCAUUCUCGCCAAGGCCAGCUUCUACAUGGAGCACUUCCGCCCCGGCUUCGACAUCUCCAUCCCGUUGUUUUCCAAGGACCACCCCCGGAAAGGCGGGGAGCGGGGCUGGCUGCACAAGGCCUCCGUCCCGCCGCCGAAGAAGAAGUACCUCUUGGCCUUCAAAGGGAAGCGCUACCUGACCGGAAUCGGCUCCGACGCCAGGAACGCUCUCCACCACAUCCACAACGGCAAAGACAUCAUUUCCCUCACCACGUGCAAGCACGGGAAGGACUGGGAGAAGCACAAGGACACGCGGUGCGACAAGGACAACGCAGACUACGAAAAGUUUGAUUAUCAGGAACUGUUGCACAACUCCACCUUCUGCAUCAUUCCCCGGGGGAGGCGCCUGGGCUCCUUCCGGUUCCUGGAAGCAUUACAGGCUGCCUGCAUCCCGGUUUUGCUCAGCAACGGCUGGGAGUUGCCCUUCUCCGAAGUGAUCGACUGGAGCAAAUCCGCCAUCGUCGGGGACGAGAGGCUCCUUCUGCAGAUUCCGUCGACCGUCCGAUGUCUCCACAGCGACAAGAUCCUGGCCUUCCAGCAGCAAACGCAGUUCCUGUGGGAAGCGUAUUUCUCCUCCGUGGAGAAGAUCGUCCACACCACCCUUGAGAUCAUCAAGGAUCGGAUAUUUCAUCGAGAAUCCCGCCCGAGGUUCUUGUGGAACGUGCUUCCGGGGGGUCUGCUGGCACGGCCGGAAUUCUCCACCCACCUGAGCGACUUCCCUUUCUACUACCUGCAGCAAGGGUCCAGCCCUUCCGGCAAGUUCACGGCGUUCAUCCGGGCGGUGUCUCCAGUCGUCUCGCUCUCGCAGCCCAUCCUCAAGCUCAUCCAAGCCGUCUCCAGGUCCCAGUACUGCGCCCAGAUCUUGGUUUUGUGGAGCUGCGAGAAGCCUCCGCCACAAAGCAGUAAAUGGCCGCAGACGCCGGUUCCCUUGAGAGUCAUCCACAGCAGCAGCAACAAGGUCAGUGACCGGUUUUUGCCUUACCCUGCCAUCGAGACAGAUGCGGUGCUGAGCCUGGACGAGCACACCAGCCUCUCCACCAACGAGGUCGACUUUGCCUUUGUGGUGUGGCGGAGCUUCCCGGAGCGGAUUGUGGGCUUCCCCAUGCGCAGCCACUUCUGGGACGCCGGCAAGAGCCAGUGGAGCUACACCUCCAAGUGGACCAACGAGUUCUCCAUGGUCCUCACUGCAGCUGCCUUCUACCACAGGUAUUAUCACAGCCUCUUCACCCAUUUCUUGCCGGCUCGUCUACGUGGCCUCAUUGACCAGAUCGCCAACUGUGAGGACAUAUUGAUGAACUUCCUCGUUUCCGCUGCCACCAAGCGACCUCCCAUUAAAGUGACCCAGAAAAAGCAGCACCGAGAGAGUCCCGCUUCGCAGAUGUUGAAGAGUGCUCCUCCGUCCAACGGGAACCUUCAGUUUUCCCAGCGUCAGGACUGCGUGAACCAGUUUGUGAGCUGGUUCGGAUACAUGCCACUGGUGCAUUCCCAGUUCCGCCUGGACCCGGUGCUCUUCAAAGACCAAGUGUCCGUCCUGCGGAAGAAGUACCGCCACCUCGAGAGGGACUAGCUCCGCUGGAGAACAACACAUGGCCAACCCUUGGACCAAAAGCAAGAAGCUUCCCGGCUAGUGAACCAUCGGAGCCCAAGAGCAGCAUAGUGCUAUUUUGGUCCCAUCCGCAUGGUCAAUAACCUCAUUGAAACGGAGGCCAUGCUUGUCCAUCAGACUUUGGGUACCCAAAGGUGGGACCUCACCUCACUGGUCGCUGUGGAAGUGCCAGGCGGAUUUUCACGCUUUUAUUGGGUUUUACCAGUACUAAUAAAGGUUUGCAGGAA